AUGGGAGCGGCUAAGGGCGAGCCCCAAGACGAAGAGGUGCCCACUCCGACCAAGGACGCGACUGGAGAGCAACCAGAAGGCGAAAAACAAAGUCCAACAAAGGGGGGCAGCAAGCUGGAUCUGAUCACCAAUGUUAAGUCACAAAUGACUGGCUGGCUCGGAUCGGGCAUCCCAAUACCAGGGUUACGGAAAAAUGAGGCCACGCCCGCAGAACCUGCAGAGGCUACUGCCCCUGAGGUAGCUGAAGCUGCUGAACCAAAGGCGGAGGGGAAGGAUGAUGAUGAUAACUCCAGCGCUACUGGUGGGGCCGACAGCAGACCAGCGUCCACUGGUGGCACCCCACUGAGGAGCAAGCGGGAGGAGUGGGGAAUGUUCCAGGGCCUGCAAAUAAAAAGUUGUUCUCAGUUGAUGCAA